GUCAGAACUUUUCCUUUUUUGUGCGCAUAUUCUAAAUAGGUUUAAGAGUUUUACUUUACACUCUGCAGGUCUGAAAUCACAUUAAAUGUUAUGAAUUUCUACCAGUUUUGUCCAUCUAACUCAUUUGAAAUUUAACAUAGUAAAAAAUAUAUAUAGACACAGUUACAGUUGCUUUCAUAAUGCAGAGACCAGUUGAUCACCAGUAAAUAUUUAUCAUAAUAACAUAAAUUUUAUUUUUAAAACUUUUAAAAUUUUUGGGUAUCUGGUAUUAUAUCAGAUUAUAGUAAAAACUAUGAUAUAUGCUCACAACAAUUUAAAGAAAGAAAGAAACCGCUCAAACAGCUGUAGUGGCUUAGUUCCCCUUGCCUUCCCAAGAGGGGGGGAAAAUAUAAUCUAACAGCUGAUCUUGACAUAUGACGGAACAACAAGAUCACUGACUGACAGUUCUGGGGGUUUUAUUUGAAAAUUUCGUUUUCUCGAAAAUCUGUUUUAUACUUUUACAGAAAUGAGUAAUUUUAAAAAGGUGCGUACUUACAUCUAUUCAAACGUUGUUUCUUAAUUGAUGGAAACUAAAAUUGUAGCAUGUCCCGUUUUUUAUUUAUGUUAUUCACAGGGUGAUAAAAAAUGGUUCAAACCAAUGUUUGACUUUGAUGAUGAUAAGCCUACAAGUAAAGUAAAUGAAGUGACACAACAAGCAAAAACAAUAACUGUGCCAGAACCAACUGAGGAACCAAUCAAAGAGCUAACUACGAAAAAUAUAAUCAUCACAGAUCAUAAACAUUGGAUGAAAUCAUUUGAACCUGUAACUGUGGAAGAUUUAGCAAUUCACAGUAAGAAGAUACAAGAAGUAGAGGAAUGGGUAAAGACUGUUAGCAAUAACAACAAUAGUGAUAUGCUGUUACUGACUGGACCUGUUGGCUGUGGGAAGACAAUAACAAUUCAUGUGUUGGCAGCGAAAUAUAAUAUCAGAGUCACUGAGUGGAUUACACCAAUGGAUAUAGAUAUUCCCAUGGAAAAUGGAGAAUUUGAAUAUAAACAAAAACAAUCUGCUAAGUUUCUAGACUUCAUUCUCAAUGCAGCUAAUUUUACUUCCCUGCUAGAUGAUAACAGUAGAAAACUGGUGCUGGUGGAAGAUUUUCCGAAUACAUUCUUGAGGACACCUGCAGAGUUUACAGAAGUACUGCAACAGUACAAGCAAAGGGCUAAGUCACCAAUAGUAUUUAUAUGUUCCGAGUCACAUACAGACAAUAAGAAUUCCGCUGCCAACAUUUUUACACCAAGUUUAAAGGAGCAAUUUAAUAUCCACCACAUCAUGUUCAAUGCAGUUGCGCCAACUAAUUUAAAAAUGGCGUUAAAAAGAGUUGCUGGUAUAAUAAACAAGAAGCACACAGCAGUGUACAACCCUCCAACACCUGACCUAAUAGAAUGUGUGGUCAAUUCUUCUGCAGGAGAUGUUAGAUCAGCAGUAUUAAAUUUGCAUUUUGCUUGCCUAAAAGGAGGAUCGAAACUAAAUAUGGAUACCAGUGUUGUACAAGGCAAGGAAUCAAAAAGUAAAACAAGAAAAAAGAAAACAUCUAGUAAAUUUAUGUCAUUAGGAAAAGACCAAACAGUGAGCAUAUUGCAUGGAGUUGGUAGGGUACUGAAUCCUAAAGUAAUAGAAACUGAAACUGGAAAUAAUAAGUUAUCACACUCCCCUGAAGAAAUAAUUGAACAGUUCAUCAGUCAGCCAGUAUCAUUCGUAAACUUUUUGGAAGAAAAUUAUUUGCCUCACUUUUCUUGUAUAGACCAUGUGGAUAAAGCAGCUUCUGCCCUCAGUGACGCCGAUUUCAUGCUUGCGGAAUGGCGGGAAAAGUUGUGCCAAGAAUAUGGUUUGUAUACUGCAGUAGCCAGUUUAAUGCUUGCUAAUAAGGCACCAAUAUCAGCAUGGAACCCGGUGAGAGGUCCAAAAAAUAUGAGAAUACAAUACCCGACUAUAAGAGAGAUACCAUUAUUAGAAGAAAACCAGUUGUACAAAGGAAAAAUUUUAGUGGCUGACUAUGAAACAUACUGUAAAAUAAUUGGAAAUAAACCUGGAACAUAAUGUA